AUGCAACAGGGCUCGUUCUACUGCUUUGUGCCGAGGAAGAGCACGGUGCCCGGCUGGCUGCCUUUCUCCAAGGCCGCCCAGAAGGUGUUGCGGAAGAGGUUUGAUGCGCUCCUGACCAGGGAUCGGGAACCCAGCCCCGGCCCGGACGGCCCGCCCGCGGUCGACGCGGCCGAUCGGCUCGACGCUCCGGCGCCCGGCUGGCAGGACGACAGGUCCCCGCUGGAGCACGCGGGCGCGACCGGCGACCUGAGCUCCGCCCACCCGCUCGACCUCUCGCUGGACCGCCAUGGCUCCGGCUGCCUCUUCGUGCGUUUCGGAUGCGCCGGCCUCGCCGGGAGCCCCUGCUGCAUCCAGCCCCAUGUCUACCGGGACGAUCGCGCGGUCGUGGUCUUCUACGGGCACCUGUCCAACGUCGACGAUCUGCUGCUGCACAUCGGCCUGGGAGGGCGGAAGACGGCGCUGGCGGGCGCGGGAUGGGGAGGGGACGAGGCGGAGAUGGUGCGGAGGAACAUAGACGAGGGCACGCUCGCCGCGAGGGUGCUGCUCAGCAUGUUCUUGGACCACAGGGACAGGGACCCGCUGUGGGUGCUGUCCGAGCUGCAGGGCCACUAUGCCUUCGUCAUAUAUGACACUGCAACCAAGCAGGCCUUUGCCGCCAGGGGCCCAAGCGGCAGGCAGCAGCUGUUCUACCACUCUGACCCGGACCAGGGUGUGUCCUUUGCCGACCGCCCCAUUGCCAUCGACGGCACCCACGCUGAGUCCGAGUGGGUAAAGGUGCCCCCUGGGCACUUCGUUGCGGGCAAGACCCCCAAGCUGCAGCAGUUCGCCCUGACGCCCGAGCAGCUGCAGGCCGUGAAGACACGCGAGUUUGAGGAACCGCCCAUUGAUGAGGAUUGGUGGCUGUCCUCUGGCAGCCCAGGCCACAACCGCAGGAGUUCGCUGGGUUGGCCUUUCCACAGGCGGAAAUCCGGUCAGUUGGAAGACCUGUGGACGCCUGGUAGCAUAUAG